CGACAGUUUAGGAUGGAAAACAACCGUCUUUGACUCUAGGGACAGUAACGUCACUGAAUACUUGCGCAUUGUUGGCUAGUUAGCUUGGGUAUGUAGCUAUCGUGAUCUGUUUGUCUAAAAAGUCUUUCACGGUUGCCAACAGAUUGCCACGAUGAUGUCACUCUUCUAGAGCUAAAAAGCUGCCAGGUCAGGCCUGAACAUGGAGUCUAUGUUGAACAAGCUAAAAAGCACUGUCACCAAGGUGACAGCGGAUGUCACUAGCGCUGUCAUGGGCAACCCAGUGACACGAGAGUUUGAGGUUGGGAAACAUAUUGCCAGCGGGGGUCCAAACAUGUGCUGGAGGAUCUACAAUGGCACCAAGAAGUCCACCAAACAGGAAGUGGCUGUGUUUGUGUUUGAUAAGAAGAUGAUUGAUAAGUAUCAGAAAUUUGAGAAGGACCAAAUCAUCGAUUCGCUGAAAAGAGGGGUGCAACAGCUUACGAGACUGCGUCAUCCCCGUCUCCUGACUGUGCAGCAUCCUCUGGAAGAGUCACGAGACUGCUUGGCAUUCUGCACAGAGCCAGUGUUUGCCAGUCUGUCCAACGUACUGGGGCAGUGGGAUAACUUGCCCAGCCCUGUUCCCAAUGACAUCAAGGAGUACAAACUCUAUGAUGUGGAGACCAAGUAUGGCUUGCUACAGAUCUCGGAGGGUUUGUCCUUCCUCCACAGUGGAGUGAAAAUGGUCCAUGGAAACUUGUGUCCAGAGAACAUCAUCCUCAACAAGAGUGGAUCAUGGAAGAUCAUGGGCUUUGAUUUCAGCAUCUCCUCUACCAACCCCUCAGAUGCGGAGCCUAAGUACACGUGUAAAGAGUGGGAGCCUAACCUCCCCCCACUCUGCCUACCCAACCCUGAGUACCUGGCCCCUGAGUACAUCUUGUCCGUCAGCUGUGACUCUGCCUCUGACAUGUACUCGCUGGGCGUGGUCAUGCAUGCCGUCUUCAAUGAAGGCAAGCCUGUUUUCCAAGUCAACAAGCAUGACAUUUUUAAGAGCUUCAGCAGGCAACUGGACCAGCUGAGCACUAUGAGUCCUGCUCUGUUGAACAAGAUCCCAGAGGAGGUGCGGGAGCAUGUCAAAAUGCUGCUCAGUGUCACACCCAACGUCCGACCGGAUGCAGACCAGAUGACCAAGAUUCCAUUUUUUGAUGACGUGGGUGCUGUGACACUGCAAUACUUUGAUUCCCUCUUCCAAAGGGACAACCUACAGAAGUCCCAGUUCUACAAAGGCCUCCCCAAAGUCCUACCCAAACUACCCAAGAGGGUGGUGGUGUAUCGAAUCCUGCCUGCGUUGACCUCUGAGUUUGUCAACCUGGACAUGGUUCCCUUCGUGUUGCCCAACGUGCUGCUGAUUGCAGAGGAGUGCACCAAGGAGGAGUACAUCCGCCUCAUCUUGCCUGACCUCACGCCUGUUUUCAAGCAGCAAGAGCCUAUUCAGAUCCUGCUGAUAUUCCUGCAGAAGAUGGACUUAUUGUUGACCAAGACGCCGGCAGAGGACAUAAAGAACUCCGUACUGCCCAUGGUCUACAGAGCUCUGGAAGCCCCCUCAGUACAGAUCCAGGAGCUGUGUCUGAACAUCAUCCCGACGUUUGCCAACCUGAUUGACUACCCGUCCAUGAAGAACUCCCUCAUCCCUCGAAUAAAAUCAGCCUGCCUAAAGACAUCCUCACUUGCUGUACGCGUGAACUCUCUGGUGUGUAUGGGGAAGAUUUUGGAAUAUCUAGACAAGUGGUUUGUCCUCGAUGAGGUCCUGCCUUUCCUACAACAGAUCCCCUCCAGAGAACCAGCAGUACUCAUGGGUAUCCUAGGAAUCUAUAAGUGCACCUUCACCCACAAGAAGUUGGGCAUCCCCAAAGAGCACCUUGCCACCAAGAGCCUGCCCCACCUUGUCUCUCUCAGUAUAGACAACAACCUCAACCUCAACCAGUUUAACUCGUUCAUGGUGGUUAUACGGGACAUGCUGAGUCGCAUGGAGGCUGAACACAAGACCAAGUUGGAGCAGUUGCACAUCAUGCAGGAGCAGCAGAGGAGCAUAAACAUCUCGAAUCCAGGGAACCAAUCAGAGGAGACCAAAAGCCCACCUAGCACUGGGAACCAUAUUGAUGAUAUCUUUGGCAGCACCGGGGUUAAUGGGAAAGAGAAUGGCUCUGCAGCAACGGCCCCGCAGCCUAAUAGAAUGUCUCUGACUCUAGAGGAGAAACAGCGCUUGGCUAAGGAGCAGGAGCAGGCAGCCAAACUGAGGAACCAGCAGCCAUUAGCACCACAGACUGUCAAACCAGCCUCCACCACCAACACAUCGACUAAGGAUCUGACAAGCAGCCUUCUCAACAACAUGACAUCUCUGAACAACCUCUCGUUGGCCAACACAGCACGACCAGCCCCAAUGCAGGGCUCCACCAUCGCUGCCUUCCCCACCUCCAGCCCCAUGCUGGGCCCCAUGGGCACCCAGGGCUCCAACGGCUUCAAUCCACCCAUGGGCUUUCAGACGGGAGGCAUGGGGGCGGUGGGCAUGCGGCCCACAGGCCCCGGCCUCUAUGGCGGCAUGGCCACCACCACCAGCACCCCAAACUUUGGAAUCCUCACACAGAAUCAAGGACCAAAUAAGGCUCCUGACAUGUCAGCCUUGGACAGUCUUUUCACACCCAGCCAGCCCAAAGUCACCCUUAAUCAAAUGGGUCCAAAGGCUACACCUGGCACCAACACCCCAUGGCUCAGUCAGUUUGGUUCAUCCCAGAACAGUCAGACUCAGAUGCAGGGCACCUCGGUUGGUAUGGGAGGAGUGGCCAGCGGGUUUGGGAUGCAAGCAAACCCUUUUUUCAGCCCGCAGAACUUUUCUCAAUCUGCUGCAGCCCCCAGCCUGAACCAAAGUGGAAUUAAACAUAGUGCAUCUGUCAACAAUGAUCUGAAAGACUUGUUUGGCUAAACGUGAAUUAAAAAGAGAUGUCAGGUUAAGUAUAUUCUUUUAAUAACUGUGGAUGGAUGAGUCUCACAGAACAAAACACUGAAAACUAAAUUCUUUUCAAGGUUGUUGCUGUCUGUAUUUUUAAUUUGUUUUAGUUUAAAUUCGGACUCUCGCUCACAUUCAGCUGGCAAAUUAACCUUCUACUGGACCAGAAGAACAAAAGGUUGGGGUGGGAACUACUUCUUCUAUGCUGUGUUCUUUAAAAUGCUGGGGGUUUCCUACUGUUUUGUACUUGACCAACUCGGUUUAAUCAAGAAGGUUUUGUGCCCAUAUCGUGAAUGUUUGAAUGGAUGGAAUGAAUUUCAUUUUGUAAACAAGUUGCACCAGACUCGCCACUCAAGAUUGGCAGGAAAAAGAAUGUGGCUUCCAUGCUUCACAUCUGCUCAGUUUCAGGCAUCGGUACCUUGAUUGCCUCUCCAGACCAUUUUAGGAUUUUCUGCAUGUCUAAAGUGAUCAGAGUGUUGGCUUAAAAACAAAAAGCGCGCAUAUAAAAACGUCCAAGCCCAGUGGGAGGUAGCUUGAAGUGUAGCACUGCCAUGCCUGCAGUCACUGAUCUGCAUCCAGGAGGCUCCUUUGUGGAGAAAAUCUGGAAAGGGGGUGUAGAAAUCUGACAGCCCCACUGUUUCUCUGCGGCACCAGAAGCCUCCAUUUUAUGGACAAAGAUUACUCUGAUGAUCCAGUCUGGUCUUUUAUCAUCAGGUAUUAAGGCUGCAAAAUCUGCUUUUUUUGUUGCUUAAUUUGACAUCUGCUUAAGCAUGUUGAAAAAGUAAGGGUUAGUUUUGUCUGGUCAAAGAUCUUUGAUGGCUGUUUCACCUCCUUUGGUAAGAGAAGACACUGUAUAAGCAGGACAGUAUGAGUGACUUCUCUGCAUCUGAUGAAAGUGGACUAGCUAACAAAACUCUAAUGCUAAUGGAAAUGAAUAAGACACAUGCACUGCUUAGGCUACUGUGCCUUAUAUGGGUACACUCAUAAUCUGUUACUCAAAUGUUAUUUUCUCUUUUAAUCAGCUGUUUGGUAUUUGCUUCUCAAAUUACUCUCAUUACAUGUUACUGAAAUUGAUCACGAAAGAUCAAAAUUUUGAUUUUAGCAUAUUUUCUAAUAAUGAUUCCUAACAAUUCCAGUGACCAAUUACUUUUCUCCCCCCAGUAUCCAGCUGGAUUUGCUCUGAGGUAUUUUAAGGGGCUCAAAAUCAUCCAAUGCACCAAUUCUGUUAGCAAUUUGUACAAUGAUGGACAGUUUCACUAGAUAUUUUGAUUUCAGCACUUUUCAUCUGUCAGAGGACCUGUGCUGGUGACAUAUUAUUGUGAAGUGUAAAUAUAUAGUUAUUUAAAGAUGGAUUGUUUUGAGAGGGUCUUGGCAUUUUUAUGUCCUUGUGAUAAACAGUUAAGAGGCCUUAGAUGAGUGGUGUGCAAUAAUCCUUAUUGGUUGUCAAGGGUACACAUCGCCUGGCUCAAGCAGCCAUCGGUGUGUCUUCAGCUUCAUAUCCACUGACCUGCAGUAAUGACAUGUUCAGAUUUUCUAAACAGCUUAACAUAAACGUGUACUCAUCCUGAAUCUUGCAUUUUUGAAGAAAGUUCCGCCAUUUUAGGGUUUUUAGAAGCACCUCGGUCACACUGUUUCCGAUGACAAUGAUUGUUGUUAACAUGCUGAAGCGUAAUGUCUUUUAUUGGGUUAACUUUUGUUUUUGUAAAAUAAUGCCAUCAAGACACGGUGAGGUCUCUCCAGUUGUUUGGAAGUGUUACUUGCUUGUGGAUUUGACUCGUCAGGUUCGGUUAAUUUCCCCAUUUUCGUCAUACAAAACUACAAAUGUUUCUGUGACUGAAGCUGUUUUGUGUGUUUUGUUUUGUUUUUUUUGUUCUCAUUUGUAGGUCGGCAUACUCUGUGGCAGUUUUGAUUUCCUCACAAAGUGGAUGUGAUCUGUGCUGCGUGUUCCUGGCAGAACCCCAAAGCAGAAAACUUAUUCUUCUACAAGAUUGUUUGUAUGCCAUUGCUGUCAUUUAUGUGAAGUGUGGCCCUCGUUUAAUGUGUUACGGUGCUGGUUUCUGAGGUGGUCCAAUGAAAAUCUGUACAUAUAAAGGAAAGUACACAAUCUAA